AUGGAGCUGCGAAAACAGACCGAAGAGCUGCCACAGGCCACUGAUUUCCAGACGAAAGAGGUCGCCCGCCAUACCGCGACGCAGCUUGACAAUGAUGGUAUCUCCGACGAGUCGCAAGAUGGUGAUCUGAGCGAUACCAAAAACACUCGCGCGGAUGCUAUUAAUAUGCAGCGCAUGGGCAAAGACCAAGAGCUCGUUCGCAACUUCAAGCUGCUUUCCAUUGCAGCUUUCACGGCACUCGCCACCGCAGCAUGGGAAAUCGGUCUCUUCCUGUUAUCGCCUGGCUUGAUCAAUGGAGGAAGAUCCGGUUUAGUGUACAAUACCCUCUGGAAUUUCGUUGGGUUUGCGCCCAUAUACUUGAGUAUGGCAGAAAUGGCCUCGAUCGCACCAAUUGCUGGCGCACAAUACCACUGGACAAGUGAAUUUGCGCCCGAGAAGUAUCAGCGAGUGCUCAGCUAUUUCACCGGCUGGACUUCGACGAUAGCCUGGCAAGCCGGAAACGCGAUGGGCAUCUUCCUGGUCGGUUCUCUCGUUCAGACGAUUAUCCUCGUCAAUAACGAGAACUGCGCGUUCCCUUCCUGGCACGGAACGCUGCUUGCGAUCGCCGCAAUGGUAAUUGCGUAUAUUCUGAAUGUAUACGGCUCAAAAGCGCUUGCGAAAUGGCAAAUCGCGGUCUUUAUCAUCCAUGUUGCUGCGUACUUUGGAUUUCUGGUACCGGUCUGGGCGAACGCACCAAAAGCCAGCCACAACCAGGUCUGGAACGAGUUCGUGAAUGAUGGAGGCUGGAGUAAUAUCGGUCUGACCAUUUUGGUUGGACAACUCUCUGGUAUCAGCCAGCAAACGGGAAUCGAUACUGCUGCGCAUAUGUCAGAAAAGGUCCGGGAUGCCGCCUACACGAUCCCGCGAGCAAUGUUAGUCGUCUACAUCGUCAACAUGCUCAUCCUCUUCCCGGGAGUCUUGACAGUCUGCUACGCAAUGCCUGACUUGGAAGCUGCUUUGGCAGACAGCACAACCUACCCAGCCAUCUACGUGCUGCGUCAAAGCAUGAGCGUCAAAGGCAUCACAGCCCUGUUAGCUUUCAUCUGCUUCUUGCUCACGGCAUCCAAUGUGGUCUACCUUGCGGCGGUCAGUCGCGACAUGUACGCCUUUGCUCGGGACAAAGGCUUGCCAUUCAGCGACCGGCUUGCAUCAGUGCACCCCAAGCGGAAGAUACCUGUGGUAGCGACUCAGGUUUCAUGUGUCUUCGCCACUUUGCUCAGUAUGAUAUAUAUUGGGUCGCCAGUGGCGUUCUACGCCAUUACCUCAUUGCUGACAGUCGCACUCUUGCAGUGUUACUGCCUUUCGAUCGGCUGCGUGCUGUGGAGGCGACUGAAUCAUCCAGAAACAAUCCCGAAAGCUCGUUUCUCUUUGGGCAAAUUUGGACCUGCGAUCAACGCAGCGGCAGUUGGAUACAGCUUGUGGGCUUUCUUUUGGAGCUUCUGGCCACAGAGCUAUGCGCCCAGCGCGGCAGACUUCAACUGGGCAAGUCCAAUCUUCGCGGCUGUGCUUGUCAUUGCUGGGGUCCACUUCGUGCUUGUUGCAAGGAAACGGUAUUUUGGGCCCGUCGUACAUGUCAGCGGGAGAGAAAUUACGUUGUAG